AUGGACUUCAUCGAGGGGUGCAUCAACAGUGCCUUGGAGAAGAGUGCUGCCACCACGGGCGCCGACGCCACCACCACGGAAGAUGACGUCAAGAAGCCCCCUGGCGUCGACGUCGGCAGCGACACCAAGUUCUUCGAUUCGACGACCGCACCCCCGAGCCCCACCUCAUCGCAGGCUUCCUGGGCGUCUCACCCGUGGGACGACGAUGAGCACUGGGACGACUACCAGAAGUACCUCGACCACAACUGCGUCUUCGUCGAGGAGGAGGGGGAGGAGGUCUACUUGUUCCCGUCGGUAUGGUCCGUGUGGACCAGGACGCACCCCCGGUGGUACGGCAAGGCGCGCCGCAGCGGCGGGCGGAGGACGACGACGAGACCGAACAAGAAGCGACGGGUCCCGCGUCGCGUCCGGGACAAGCGCCUCCGCCGGGCCUUGCGGCGCAAGCGGCUGGCCAGAAGUGCGCGCGUGGGUGGACGCCGCCGCCGGUCGCCCACUUCCUUCCGAGGGGGAGGGGACGCCCCCGAGGGAGAUCAGGGAACGGGGGAGGAGGCGGAACAAGGCCCGGUUCAGGUGGAGGAGCAGGAGACGGGGGAGGAGACGGGGGAUGACCCGAUGGUGUCCGGAGCGCAGGCCGAACCCGCACCUCCGAUCACCGGCGGAAGGACCAAGAGGUUAAGACGAGCGGCAAGACAUGGAGACGAACUUCGUCCUGCGGCACACACAUCUACCCUACGACACUUGCAUCCCGAGAUGGAAGCGGGAUGUACGGUGUAUGGGGUGGAGACGGUCCCGGGACUAGCCAAGAUGCUAACGGGGCUGACGGAGGACCCCAACAACGACAACCUUCUCGUCGAAGAUGGGGUCUACUGCCGCCGUGAUAAACUCGAUGAGCUGGAGAGCGCCUUCAGCGCAGCCUACAUGUUCAACCCUAGCCACAUCGGGGUGUCUUUGAACCCUUUGGACCCUUUGAACGAGACAAAGGUCGAGAUCGGCGGGCGGGAGCUGGUCGUGAAGUCGUUCAACACCGGCAAGUACACGCUGGAAGACGGGACCGAGAUUGGACAGUGGGAGCUGCUGGAGACAAGGUGUGGCGGAGGUGUGACUCUCGAUGACGAGUGUCGGCGCUUUGUUCGAUUCCUUGUGGCGACCUACACCGCUAUGAUGGCUCGCGGGGUGCCGUUCGAGAGAGACGGUGGAAACAUGUCGGGCGGGAUGCUAUGGAACGUCGACGAUGCUAUUACAAGGCUUGAGAGCGGUAGUUUCGACUUGGACGAGGGUGACAUGAACUUGCAGUAG